AUGUUGAGGCCAGCGACCCCCCUGACGAUAUUGCUGUUCGCAGCGUUCUGCUUGCUUCUGAUAUCCGUUCUCUCAACACCGAUCAUCAAACAAAUUCCUUUGGCUUCGUUUGGAGGCGUGGAUUUUGGAGUCUUUGGAUACUGCAAGGGGACAAGAUGUACCAGCAUUGAGAUUGGAUUCGACACUGAGAGUCUAUACACCAAAGAACAAACGGAUAGUUUCAAUCUCAAGAAUGACACCCGGAAGACUCUCUCGACUAUCCUCAUUGUGCACCCAGUCGCGGCCUUUUUCACCCUAAUCCUGCUAGUCAUGGCUGCGUCCGCCCAUUUCCACUCCCCUUCGCACUCCCCACGAUACCUCCUUGGAAUCUUCAUCCUCAGUAUUCUGACACUGGUGGCCUCCCUGCUCUCAUUUCUCAUUGAUGUGCUUCUCUUCGUUCCACAUAUGGCAUGGGGCUCAUACAUCGUCUUAGCAGCGACGAUCCUGAUCGGUGCUAGCGGGAUUGUAUCGUGUGCAAUGAGAAGAACCUUGGUUAGCAGGAAAGCGCGAAAGCGCCGUAUUGCGGAGAAUGCAGAAAUGAACGGAGAGAACUUCUACAACCGCCAAGGUCCAGAACCAGCUCCAGUGCCUCCAACCACUACUCUAUUGGUAGACAGCCACACUGCAGCUGACAAGUUGCCCUCUUUUGCUACUUUCGAGGUGGCGAAGAACGACGCCGAAAGACAGAGUGAUGAGAGGAUUCCUUUGACCCAGAGAACUCCUUCCGAAAAUUCUUCAAGCAGAGGCAAUGGAGCCGCAGGAAGUGGGAUCAAUGAUAAAUAUGGAGGGCCUCCAAGAAUGGGAGAUCCCCCUCCACGAAGGGAUCAAUACGGCAACAUCAUACCGCAGGCACCCCCUGGAGCUUAUGGAAUGAGAAGCCGGGAUCCAUCAGCUGACCCUUCGCUGAACCAACAGCGCUCCGACAAUUUGAUGGGUUCUAGAGGAAGAGGCGGCUUCAGGGGUGGACCAAGAGGCGGCGGUUAUCCUCCAAAUGGGCGAGGGGGUCCUCAAAGGGGUGGUUACGGUGGACCGCCGCGCGGAGGAGGUUACGGGGGACCCUACAGUGGCGGUCCAGGCCAAGGAGGUAUGAUGAGAGGGGGAAGAGGAGGUGGGCCUCCAGCAUUUGGAAGAGGUGGUUAUGAUAACAGAGGGCAGUCGCCAGGUGGAUACGGCCAAAGAAGACCUUCACCUGGACCUGGAUACAGCCAAUACGCCCCUCCUAUCCCCCCAGCAAAUGGAAGUGGCGGCCAGUACGCAGCCUACAAUCCAGAUAUGGAUGAAUCUGGAAACAGCCUGGCUCGCGCUGAGUCUCCGCCUCCGAUGCCUGGUCUCGAUGGUCCCGAAAUUGGCCAAGCCGUGGAAAUGGAUGCUAGAACAGAAAGUCUUUCGGCUGCCCCGAACGGCUUUGGUCAGCUGGGGAACAUCAGAGAAAGCGAUAAUGAUGUGGCUGGUAUGAUCGGACUCCAACAACAGAGGUUUCAGAACAGGGAAACGGUAGACACCGAGGCGAGUAGAUACAGUACUGACGAGGCCUACGUUCCACCACGACAGGCAUGGGAAGGCCAAGCCGGAAGAUCUUCUCCACUGAACCCCACCGCUCAACAGCCAGCUGGGCUUCAAAGCUCCCCAUCAGUGAAGUCUCAACGCAUCAGCUCAGCUAGUGGGGACCACUACUAUGAAGAUGUUGAUCCUAGAUUCGCAGAGGAACCCCCUACCGCACCAGUUCCCGGCCUUCUAUCACCAGGUUACGGUUCCCGAGGGCCAGCCAGAUACCCCAAUCAGAACCUGCGUCCAGUUCCACCCAUCAGUAACGUGGACGGCAGUAGCUCUUACGAAGAUCUCGCACCUGGCGCCCGCAGCCCCGCGGAGUCCGACCGCUCCACCUUCACAUCUGUCUCUCAACGCGGCGUAAACCCCAGAUGGAACGGUGGUCCAGGCUACGCGCCAAUGCCAACUAGACGACCAGCACCCGAGCGAAACGAUCUCCUCUUGAACUCGAACCCGGACUUCCAAUUACCAGCUAACCGUGGCGGCCGCCGGGGUGCUUUUGGACGAGGGGGCCGUGGCGGGACCGUGCCGAACAGUGCUUAUCCGGGAGGCCACUCGGCAUUGGCGUUUAGGCUUUCGGGCUCCUUUGCAGCAGACAAGGCGAUACGAACACAGAGCACGCAGAAAGGUCUUCUUUUCCGAGCUCGCUGGGGCAAGGGAACGUCAGCGAGACUCGAUGGGCUGAACAGGACAUGGUGGAGGUUUGUGGCUCAAGGACAGAGCAGCACGGUGGCACGCAAGGCAGACGUCUGCGGGUGGCUAGGCCCAGAGCUUGGGAGCAAAGGGCGGUUGGAAAGUGGAGAAUAG